CCAUAAGAAAGCAUGUCCAAUUGUCCAUGACCAUGAGUCCAUGUCCACACCCCCAUCUUGCCAUCCAUCACCCACCUUCUUUCCAGGAAGUUUCCCCGUGUGCGGUCUGGCCUCUGAACCCCCUCACUGAUCGAAUUAUCAUCCGUUUGUGUUCUUGUCAGUUACUCCACUAUCUUGCAAUUAAGUUGCAACCACGCCAUCCUGCCUGAGUUGCGAGCUAGACUGCCAUGGCGCUCUGGAGUGGGCUGGGUGAGGCGGCGACGGCGGCGCAGCUUGUCGGGGUAGAUUUAGGUGGGCUAAUCUCCAACAUCAUACAAGCGGCAGCAACGGCUCGGCAAAACAAGAAGGAGUGCGAGCAGCUCGCUGGCCGUGUCUCCAUGAUCGACGAGAUACUGUCGCAGAUGCAGGAGAGCGAUGAGACGAUGCAGAAGCUGCUAACCGGCCUUGAAAACGAGCUCCGUGAGGCUCACCGACUCAUCGUGUCCUGCCAGGAGAGGAGCGCGGCCUACCGGUUUGUGAUGGCUAAGCGGCAGGCGGACAAGCUCAGGGAGGCGCAGCGCAGGAUCGACGGCUACCUUGGCCUCUUCCCCAUGGCCAGUCACAACAUCACGAUGCGCCGCUUCGAUGAAUACUACAACGCGCUGAAUCCAACAGGCUGCACGACCGUACCAUGUAAUACAUAUGCAGGCGCCCGAUCCCAACGCCAGUACCAGGCCUGGGAUGAGGAGGAGGAAGAGCAAUGGGCAACAUUUUAUAGAGAGGAGGAAGAUCAAGGGGCAAUGUUCUAUAGGGAGGAAGAAAAGAGCAAAGCAAUAUUUUAUAGAAAGGAGGAAGAUCAAAGUGCAGUGUUUUAUAGGGAGGAGGACGUGGAGCAAGAGACAUUGUUUACGGGACACGGGGAAGAGCAAGAGGCAGUGUUUUGUAGGGACGAGGAAGAUGCCUUCUAUAGGGAGGAGGACGAGCAAGAGGGCCAAGAGGCAGCCUUUUAUAGGGAGGAGGAGAAGCAAGAGAGAAUGUUUACUAGGGAAGAGGAGAGGGGGUAUGAAGAAGAUGAAGAUGAAGAGGCAGUGUUUUACAGGGAUAACGAAGAUGAAGAUGAAGAUGAAGAGCAAGUGUUUUACAGGGAUAAUGAAGAUGAAGAUGAAGAGGCAGUGUUUUACAAGAAGGAGCAGGAGGAGGGGAACACUGGUGCCGCUCAUAGCUGGAAGUUGUCGAUGCACAUCACGCUACCACUCAUUGAGGUGCAUGGGCGGAUAUGCAGUACAUUCGUCGGGGUCAACCAACCCUGAUGACCAUCGGCAGAAUCGAUUGGUAAAUUACUUAUACAAUGAAUUUACACUAUAUAUCAAGUGGGAUUAUAGUUUCCCGACACACAAAUAUCCCUGUUGAAACAUAUUUCUGAACCCUCCGCUACGGGGAGGUAAGAAAGGUACUAGAUACGCAGCCGGGCGCGAAGCCAAACUCUGAGGUAGUUUAAGGUGUCAUAGAGCGACGACAGCGUGCUGCUUGCAACUUUAAGGGAAAGGACCGGCCAACCAUUUCGGAAGUCGCCGCUCGAGCUCGUCCAUGAAUAUGUGAAUGUGUGUCUCUGUAUUAUAUUGUGCUUGUUGACUUAUAUGCACCUUUUACUCAAGUAUAUAUAUGUUCGUCUUUUAAAAUGGAGUAUAUUUCUAAGGACAUAUAUCAAUUUAUGUAGUUUGCUUGGCUUAUGUUUCUA